CAGCUGUUUUUUCUUAAGUUUCUAACAAGAAUGUUGACUUAUUGAAAGCUGACUUUACAUACUGAUAUGAAGCUGUAUCAGCAUAUCUAAGUCAUUAUUUCAUCUUUUAGCAUUAAUUUAUCUUUUGUUAUCAAUUAAUUUAUACCUAAAUUUCCAAAUACACUCAGUUCUUACUAAGUCAUUUUAAGUAUUCCAGACAAGUAUAAAGAAAUGUCUAUACAAGUGAGGCUUUCCAGAUUGAUUCUAUUUACACUCUUACAUUUAUUUUCCUUAACUCUCACUUUUAUUUUCCUUAACUCAUCAGGUAAUAAUAUUUAAAAACUAUGUCACGGCAUAAUUUGUACUCCAAUGCUGCUGUUGUUCACUUGUGUUUCCUGGAAUGGACUAUCUAGAAGAGGGUGUGGAAGGUUAAACUUCACUCACACCUGAGGGUAAAGCAGGACUACUAACAGGAAGGAGGUAAUAUUUGUGAAAAUUCUCCAUCUUUGCCAGGAAGAGACUCCUGCUCUUUCUGGGAACUUCCUUUAGUCCAUGCCAAGCACUACCAACCAUCCUAACCUGCAUCAGCAUUCCAGUUUUUCUCUUGGAUGUCCCUCCCUCAAAUCCUGUUAUAAAAGCAGAGUCAUCUCUGCCCUGACAAACCACUCCAGAUUUCUGCAAGAAAGGUAAGUGGGAGCUGAAAGAUGAUGAGAGACUUGCAGGGGUUCACCCCUCACUAGGAGAAGGUGUUCCAGAGUUCUUGCUCUCACAUAAUGCAGAGCUUUGUGACUCAGUCAAGGCUACCUAUGGAGCUUUCAGAGAAAGGAGGAAACAUGGAUUUCUGGACCACAGGGGGAAGAUAGGAUAGUCAGUAUAUCCCUACAGAACUAGUAAAAGAAGGAAAGCAUAGUUCUUUCUACAUAUCCUCUCUAACCACACUACCUGGAGUAACUCUGAUUGUUCCUCCCUCAUAGACAAGAUGCUGUCUCACAGAGCCCUUCCCAGCCUGUCCUGGAUGCUGCUCUCCUGCCUGAUGCUCUUAUCUCAGGUGCAAGGUGAAGACUCCCUGAAAGAAGUACCCUCACCACGCAUUAGCUGUCCCACAGGCUCCCGGGCUUAUGGUUCUUACUGUUAUGCCUUGUUUCGGAUACCACAGACAUGGUUCGAUGCAGAAUUGGCCUGCCAGAAGAGGCCCUCAGGACACCUCGUGUCUGUGCUUAGUGGAUCUGAGGCUUCAUUCCUGUCUUCCCUGGUGAAGACCACAGGGAACAGCUACCAAUACAUCUGGAUUGGGCUCCAUGAUCCCACCCUGGGUGAACAACCCAAUGGAGGUGGAUGGGAGUGGAGUAACAGUGAUGUGAUGAAUUACCUUAACUGGGAGAGGAAUCCAUUUACUGCCUUAGACCGUGGUUUCUGUGGCAGCUUGUCAAGAGCUUCAGGAUUUCUGAAAUGGAGAGAUAAUACCUGUGAUGUGAAGUUGCCCUAUGUCUGCAAAUUCAGUGGUUAGGCUUAUCCAAAACAAAUAACCAAAAUUUGUCCUGAAGCUCGUCAUGGACAAGAGACUAAAUAUGAAGACUCACUCAGGAAGAGCAUGUUUUAUCCACAGUCCCCAUCAGAUCCCUCAUCUGUUCUUUCCAGAUCUUGCCUUAGUCAUUUCUGUAUAGGUUGUGGCCUGAAGUCUCAG